ACGGACGCUUUUCGUACGACGACGUUUAGCACCCAAAAUCCAAAGUCCAAGCUCAUCCGAAAAUCAAAACACCAAAAAGUAAACAAUACUUUCUCUCGCACUUUCAUUUCGUCUGCAUUGUUUGCGUGCGUGUGCGUUUAGUUCAAAUUAAUUUAUGUAAUUAUUCUCGAUACAAUACUGGAGUUUAAGAAGAAGGUAGAAGAAGAAACUAAAGCGAAAACGGCUGGAUGUGUUUUUGGUGGUGAUCUAUGGAUUGUUAGCCGGAGCAGCCUGAAGAAACAAGAGACGGAAAAGAACGAUAUACAUACAAGAUAAAGGCACAUCAUGCAGGAAAGAACAAUCUACGAGAUCCUACCGGUGUUGCUGUGCGGGCUGUCGGUUCCACUGUCCAUGUUUAUGUGGAUCGGUAAUGUGGCCUACUCGAAGAUAGCCAGCGAUGAUUCUAAUAGCGUUAUUCCACCGACCCGCUGGCUGUUUUCAGUGCUCGUGCCCGUCCUGCUCAUGGUGUAUGGGUUGAAGCGAAAGGGCGUAAAUAAAUCCGGUGCCGCACUAGGGUUGCUUUGUGCCGUGAUACUUUCCAUCGCAUCGCACGCCUUCCUGGGUUGUUUGGCGGCCUUUUUCUUCAGCUCGAGCCGGGCGACCAAAUUCCGUGGCCACGCGAAACGGAAGUUCGAGGAAGAUUUUAAGGAAGGUGGUCAACGUAACUGGGCACAGGUAAUCUGUAAUGCCGGCAUGGCGACACAGUUGGCGUUGCUUUAUCUGCUCGACUGUGGAUACGGCGAGCGGCCGAUCGAUUUUGUGAAUGAGUACCGUUCCAGCUGGCUCGGUGUGGCCGUGAUGGGAUCUUUUGCAUGCUGCAACGGUGAUACGUGGGCGAGCGAACUCGGAACGGUAAUUGGAAGUGGUGAUCCGUUUCUUAUCACCACCCGGAAGAGGGUUCCGCGCGGUACGAACGGUGCCAUUUCGUUUGUGGGAGUGUUGGUGAGUUUCUUGGGCGGCACACUGAUUGGGCUGGUAUACUUCCUCACCGUCCGGUAUACGGUGGAAGCGAACGUAUACCAGAACAGCCCAAAUCAGUGGCCUUUGAUUGUGUUCGGUGGUUUGGCGGGUUUGCUAGGUUCGCUGGUAGAUUCGCUGCUUGGUGCGACGUUGCAGUAUUCUGGCCAGAACGAACGGGGGAUGAUUGUGGAGCGACCGGGUAAAAAUGUGCGCCACAUCAGUGGGAUACGGAUUUUGGACAAUCACAGCGUUAAUCUGAUAUCUACCAUCGUGAUCGGUAUCGUGAUGCCCUCGAUUGCGAUGAAUCUCUGGCCGAUGUUCUGAGGGAAGCGUCGGAAGAUCGGAGCCGUAUGGCACGUUGCUCAACCUUGCGGGCGAUAAUAGUGAGUAAUAGCGGAUUCUUAAUAUAUACCAAGUGAGUUAUUUUCUAAUGGUGGCAAGUGAAUACAUUUUACAACUAGGAUUUAACUAAA